GUAUUCUUAGUUAAACUCAGCUAAUGGCAAGGACUAGACAAACAUCGAGAAAGAUUUACAGAAAGAAAUUUUCAAGAAGAAAUCUUGGAAUCAAAGUUGAAAAUGAGGCUGUUUUUGGAGCAAUAUUACAAAAUGAUUUAGCUGGAAUAAAGAAACCACACAAAUUCAGACCAGAAACUGCGGCUUUCAGAGAAAUAAGGAAGCUUCAGGAGUCGACCGAUCUAUUGAUCUGAAAGAGUCCUUUUCAAAGGCUCGUAAGAGACAUCGCACUGGACUUUAAUAUUGGCUUGAGAUUCGAACCUAAAGCUAUGCUUGCUCUUCAGGAAGCAUCUGAAGCUUACAUGGUAAAUUUGUUCGAAGAUGCAAAUCUCUGUGCCACUCAUGGUCAAAGAGAGACUGUCGCUCCCAAGGAUCUUGAGCUAGCUAGAAGAUUAAGAGGAGAACUAAAUUAAGGCGCUCAUUUAUAAUU